AUCAAGCAAUAUAAUAAAUUGGGCAUGAAUUAUGAUCGGCUUUCUCAGUUCGACGAUGGUUGGAUGUUAUCGCGUCUUCGCCGAAACAUUUUUAUUGGCGUUGUCGAAUCUUAUGUCCGAUCGACCCAAUUCUUCACCUAACCAGAGGCCAUAUCCUUGAUAUAUAUUCACUCAUUCGUACAUAGGCCAAACCCAUGCUGGAAAUUGAUAAGAAGCAGACCCAUUAUCAAACAAUGUGUGACAGCAUAUGUUGUGGACAGAAAUCCUAGAACCAUGAUAAAGUAGACACACAAUAUGAAGUAUGAAUAUUGAGGAGGAUAACAUGGGGAAGAAAAAAAGUCAUCGAAAGACAUUUUCAGAAAAGUCCACGUCAGAUCAGCCUGAUGAGCCUGACACUUCCUCAUUUACUGCUUUUAUUUUCUCUCUGUUUAAAUGUACCAAAGAACGUGAUCAGUGCUCAGAUGACGAUGAGGGCAAGUAUGUUGAGAUGGAUGAGAGAGACUCAAUGAAAGGCCCAAAGAUUGUUGGUAGCAGAAAGCAUCGCAAUGCUAAGGCAAAGCACUCCUCAGGAAAAUCUUUUAAUCCAACAACAAGCACUUCCAAAUAUGAACAUCAAAAUUCUAGCCAAGAGCCUGGUAAUCAUGUAGGGAAUAACCAUGAAGCUGAUUGGCAACUUGUUACAGAGAAUGAUCUCAAGUCCGAAAUGGGCUUAUCUGAAAGCAUGCAAGAAGGCGUGUUUCCAGAAAUGACUGAACCUUCAUUUCUUCUUUCAAAGUCUUUUAGCAGCUUCUUAUCUUCUGCACUUCCAACAGUGGCACAAGGACAAAAAUGGAUGUUGCUUUAUAGUACACGGAAGCAUGGAAUAUCACUCCUUACACUUUACCGGAGAAGCGCAUAUUGUCCUGGUCCAUGUCUUCUGGUAGUUGGGGAUCACCAGGGUGCUGUUUUUGGUGGCUUAUUAGCAGCACCUUUACUACCAACCAGCAGUAAAAAGUAUUCGGGAUCAAAUGAUAAUUUUGUAUUUACAAAUGUUUCUGGCAGACCAAUUAUGUUUCGUCCAACAGGUGCAAAUCGUUAUUUUGUUUUAUGUUCAAACGAUUCACUAGCACUUGGUGGGGGUGGGCACUUUGCACUUUACUUGGAUGGAGAUCUGUUGCGUGGAUCAAGUGGAUACUGUGAGACAUUUGGCAACUCUUGCUUGGCCCGAACAGAAGAUUUUGAGUUGAAGGAUGUGGAGCUAUGGGGCUUUGCAUAUGCAUCAAAAUAUUUAUCAACAAUGGCUUCAUACGGUGAACCUCAGGAACCUCCAGGAAUCUUUAGAUGGUAGCAUGAAUUUUUAACAUAUUGUGAACGGUUUAACCAUUCUGUAGUCUUUUCGUAUAGUGGAUAUGGUUCGGAAUAUACUUGUGUAGUCUGGAUCAUUUCCAGAAAUUACCAAUGUUAUAAUUUGAGUCUUGUACAGCCAAUGUUAAAUGGACCAUUCAACUUCCUUCAUAUGUUUCAUUUGUAAAUAUCCAAAGCAAGACAUUUUCCAUGGCAUGAAUUUGUAGACUGCCAAACUUUGAUACCUUGGAAUUUAGAUUUAUGUAACAUUUGAUCCUGUUCGGAAGAUGUUUAAAUGUUAAUUAUAACAUUCUUUCAAACAAGGAGCUGAAUAAGAGUAGUCAUUAUCAUCUGAUACUUUUUGGUAUCCA